AUGGCUUUUGCCAUCGAAGUACAGGGCGAGGCUAACCCCCUCAGUGCCCAAAAUGUGCUUAAUACCCUGGUGCAAGCAGCAAGCUCAUCUCAGCAGCAAGUUCGAUCGGGUACUGAGCAGCUUCAAAAGUGGGAGAAACAGGGAAUGUACUACUCUUUUCUACAGGGAGUCUUUCUUGAUCAUACCGUACCGAACGAAGUCCGUUACCUUGCAAUUAUUCAACUAAAGAAUGGCAUCGACAAAUACUGGAGGAAGACGGCAGCACAUGCGAUCAAGCCAGAAGAAAAGCAGCAUAUUAAGACGAAGGCUCUAGAGGCAGGAAUCAUUGAGCCCGCGCCGCUGCUGGCUCUCCAUAACUCGUUGAUGAUUGCAAAAAUUAUGAGAUACGAGUUUCCUCAUGACUGGCCUGAUGCGAUCCCAUAUAUCAUAUCUUCACUCCGAUACUCCGUUCAACCUGACGCAAAUCCCCUUCAGCUUUCUCGAACUCUCCUCAUCUUGCUUCAAAUCAUCAAGGAACUAUCCACAGCACGAAUCCAACGAACGCGACACAAUUUGCAGUCAGUAUCGCCUGAGAUAUUUCAGCUACUGGCAAACAUAUAUCUGGAAAAGUUCAAUGAAUGGGGAAAAAUACUGGAGGAGGGUGGUGCCGACGCAGGACAAUUGCUGGAGACGGUCGAAUUGAGCUUAGUUUCUCUCAAGGUUCUAAGGCGCUUGAUUAUUGCUGGCUUUGAGCACCCGAGUCGCAGCCGGGAAGUCCAAGAUUUCUGGGUGCUGACCCAUUUGCACUUCAGCAAGUUCCACUCCCUUGUUGAUGGGCCCAUGAACCUUCCAGAGGCAAUCCACAAGGGUAUUGAGAAGCACCUACUGCAGCUGUCUAAGUUGCAUGUCGAAAUGGCCAAAGUACACCCCGCAUCCUUCGCUUUGCUGCCAGAGAGUAUUGCUCUUGUCCAGUCGUAUUGGUCAUUAGUGGUCGCACUCGGCGAUAAAUAUGGCAGCCUCGGCACUGGUGAUGGAGAUGAAGGGAAAUCUUUGACCGAGAAGACUGGCCUUCGUGCCUUGCUUUUGAUUCGAGCCUGCACCAAAAUGGCAUUCAAUCCUGCUCAAACUUUCAAAUACCAGACCCCGGAGGACAAAGAGGAGCGGAAACAAUCCGUGCAGCUUGUCAAAUCGCAACUCUUUACCGAAGAAUUUGUGGUUCAUGCCAUGGAGCUACUUGUCACGAAAUUCUUCAGAUUCCGCAAGAUUGACUUUCAAGAUUGGGAAGAAGAGCCAGAGGACUGGGAAAAGCGCGAGGAAGAGAACACUGAAGCUUGGGAGUUUUCAAUUCGCUCAUGCUCGGAGAAGCUUUUCCUUGACCUCGUGAUUCAUUUCAAAGAUCUGUUGAUCCCACGACUUCUGACUGUAUUCUAUACUUUUGCCAGCACCGACAACCACGAUGUGCUUUUGAAAGACUCACUCUACUCUGCCAUUGGCUUGGCUGCAGCAAGCCUUGAACAGCACUUAGACUUCAAUGCAUUCUUAGAACACACUAUCGUUCCCGAAGUCCAGUCCCAGGAACAUGAGUACAAGCUGCUGAGACGGAGAUUUGCCCUCAUGCUUGGUCAAUGGGUCCCAGUCAAGGGAGGCGAACUGAACAUGAAUGCAAUCUACCAGAUUUUCCAGCACUUGCUCGGCAAGAACGACCCUUUGAACGACAUGGUCGUCCGCAUCACUGCUGGGCGGCAGCUACGGAGUGUACUUGACUCGUACGAAUUCAAACCCGAGACAUUUAUCUCAUUUGCGCCUCCCAUAUUGGAGAACCUCAUGUCUCUUGUUCAGGAAGUCGAAUCAUCUGAGACCAAGAUGGGACUCUUGGAGACGGUCCGCAUGGUAGUGGUCAAGAUGGAAGAUCAUGUAAGUACUUUUAUCUUUUUAUUGGCGAGCGGCGUGAUUGACGACAAGAAGAUCACCCCUUUCUCCGACAACAUCAUUUCUUUACUCCCACCCCUGUGGGAAAGUUCAGGGGAAGAACAUUUGAUGAAACAGGCUAUCCUGACUCUGCUGUCCUCCUUGAUUCAGUCGUUACGACAUGAAUCGGUGAGAUAUCAUUCUCUCAUCCUUCCACUGAUUCAAAGCUCGGUUGAACCUGGCUCGGAAUCUAUUGUGUAUCUUCUAGAUGAAGCACUGGAUCUCUGGCACGCUAUCAUCCAAGCCACGCCGUCCCCUGCCUCACCGGAUAUCAUAUCACUCCUUCCGUCUUUAUUCCCAAUCUUGGAAGCAGCAACCGACAGCACCCCGCAGGCUAUUCAGAUUCUCGAAUCAUAUGUUUUCCUUGCACCGCAAGAAGUCCUUGGUGAUCGCUUCCGCUUGCAAAUACUCGUCAUCCUUGAAUCUCUACUCAAAUCCACCACCAAACAACGUCUAGGCGUUAUACCUCGUCUUGUUGAUUUGAUGCUCCGCGGCGCCGAGACAGUUGACGGCGGUAGCGAGGCAACUUACCGCGUCAUCUCCCAAUCCCUUCUGGAGAGCUCAUUCCUUGCCUCUCUGCUAGAGGGUCUCUAUUCCGCGCAUGAAGCUAGUCAGACGUCCGGUCCACACAAGAAGACUUCACCCGUGGUUGGUGUCGUUGAGAGUGAUUAUUAUUCAGUGCUGGCCCGCCUUGCGAUGGCCAGUCCUACGAUUUUCGCCUCAUCGGUUGCUGCCGCGACUAACUCAUCCGAGGAGCAAGCUUUGACAUGGAUCUUGACUGAAUGGUUCUCGCACUACGAUAAUAUUGGCAGCAUCAAUCAAAAGAAACUCCACGCGCUGGCACUCACCCAGCUCCUUGGCCUACCAGGAACGCCACUCGAUCCGUCCUUGCCGCCUUCCCCUCCUGCUUACAUCCUUGCGCAUCUGCAAUCAUAUCUGAGCAUGUGGACAGAUCUGAUCACCGAGCUGGCUGACGGAGGCACCGACCCUAACGCCGACUACCUUGUCUGCUGGAACGCACCCGCAGAGUCAGCAACCGCGGUGCCAGAGAGCACCGAGGUUGAAUCGCCUGAGGUUGUUCGUCGCCGUGACUGGCAGUCCGGAGAUGCAAUCCACCGCUACACAAUCCGAGACUUCGUACGUCAUCGCCUGCAAGAAGUGAUCGUUACUUGCGGUGGCGCGCAGCGUUUCCAGGACGAGUGGUUGGUCAAUGUUGACACCGAAGUAGUCUCGGCGUUCGGAGCUCUCGGAUUGCUCUGA